AAUAGUCAAGCUUUCACGAUCUCUCCAUUGCUUUAAACAAGAAUGGCUGAGUGCACUGCCAUGCUAAGACUUAAUUAAACCACAUAAACAGCAUCUUGCCGGUUGGAAAAGCUCUUAUUAGGCAUACAAGAGCUGGACUAUAACUCUGCAGCCACCACUAGAUGGCAGCAAAGGAUGACCAUCAUGUCCCACUUAAAGGAUCUCAAAGAUGACUUCCACAGUGACACCGUCCUUUCCAUAUUAAAUGAACAACGCAUUCGGGGCAUUUUAUGUGAUGUUACCAUAAUUGUAGAAGACACCAAAUUCAAAGCCCACAGUAAUGUCCUGGCUGCUUCAAGCCUUUAUUUCAAAAAUAUAUUUUGGAGUCAUACCAUCUGCAUUUCUGGACAUGUGUUGGAACUAGAUGGUCUCAAGGCUGAAGUGUUCACAGAGAUACUUAAUUACAUCUACAGUUCUACAGUAAUUGUUAAAAAACAAGAGUCUGUUGUGGAUCUUGCAGCUGCAGGCAAAAAAUUGGGAAUAUCUUUUUUAGAAGAUCUUACAGAAAAGAGCCUUUCCGGUUCCCCUUGUCUGUAUUCAUUUUGCAAUACUGAAAAAAAUGAUGUGAAAGAAGAAAAAAGACAGGAAGACUCAGCUGUUACAAAUGGACCAAGAAUCACGAAUGCAUACUCAAUUUUUGAAACUGAAAAUAGUAAUAAUUUGUUUUCUCCUCUUGACCUGAGGGCAAGUUUUAAAAAAAUGCCUGAAACAAAUAAAGCAUCCAAUAGUGAUUUGGACAGGACUGACGCAUGCAAAGAGAUUGAGAGAGCCAGCACAUUAGCUGAACAUUCCUAUGCUGUUACAACUGGUUGCAAUGCUCUGCAACAAAAUUCCUUUUAUUAUGAAAACACUCCACUUUAUAAAACAGGUGAAGAUUGUUCUGAAGCUGCCGAGUCAGUGCCUCUAGUUAAAUCAGCAACACAGUCAUAUAAUGCGCCAAAGGCUAGAUUUAACUCCCAGAUCACAGAUGCUCCUACUGUAAAGAUAUCAGUCCACAAGGGAAGCAGUUCAGAGGCUCCCCAUAAAGUCAUAAAAGACCACAGCCAUUCUUUUCAAAAAUCCCAGCCAAAUAAAACCAAUAGUCCCUCUUCUAAGGAAGAUGAAAAUAAAUCUGAUAACCUUUCUGGAUCAAUAGCCAUGGACAUUCCACAUUCUUAUAACUGUAAUUGUUGUACUAAAUCAUUUAAUGAUAAAACUCAACUAAGCACUCAUCUUAAACUUCAUUCACAAUCUCAAGAGACUUCAAUUUGCAAAUAUUGUAGCAAACAGUUUGAAAAUAUUGCUGGGCUAGAGUCUCAUGAACAAGCAUGUAGGGGCCUGAACAAUUUUUGCAUUGAAAAUGAAAAUGAGCAGAAUAGUCUGGAUAAUUUUGUUCCUUCAAAUGAAAAAACUGGCACCUCGUAUGUAAGCCCGGAGCCCACAGAAACUGAAAAUGAAUUUACUGAUUAUCCUGCUACGAACGGUACAAUGCCAGAAACAGACCAUUUUGUUAAAGUUGUUGGUGGACAGAUACUUUAUACUUGCAGUGUUUGUAAACGUACCUAUGUUACCUUGUCCAGCCUCCGAAGACAUUCAAAUGUUCAUUCUUGGAGAAGAACUUAUCCUUGCCAUUACUGCAACAAAGUUUUUGCAUUAGCAGAGUACCGUACCAGACACGAAAUCUGGCACACAGGUGAAAGGCGAUACCAAUGUAUCUUCUGUCUUGAGACCUUUAUGACAUACUAUAUACUCAAGAACCAUCAGAAAUCUUUUCAUGCAAUUGAUCAUCGACUUGGUGUAAACAAGAAAACAGCUAAUGGUGGCUUGAAACCAAAUGUAUAUCCUUACAAGCUUUACAGGCUUUUGCCUAUGAAAUGUAAAAGGGCACCAUAUAAAAGUUACGGAAACUCAUCAUAUGAAAGUGUACAAGUUAAUGAAGUUCCAUCUAGCACCUGUAUUAUUCAGAAUACUGUCACUUCUGAACUGGCAUCCUUGAAUUUUGAACACAAUAUGUUGCCAAGUUCCAGCAUUUCUUUGGAUAGUUCUUCAUGUGGUGAUGCUACGACAACAUCUGAAAAUCCUCCAAAUGUUUCUUCCUGGAAAAUUUCAUCAAGGACAGAUCUUAACAAUAAUAGUCCCACUAACAGAAGGACAUUAUCUUCUGUUGAGGAUUCUGGUCCUCAGGAAUAUGAUUCCUCUUGUCAAACAAUUACUAACAGCAAUUCCCAUGAGAAUUCAACCUCUGUAAUUAGCUAUAACAAUUCAGCAUCUUCUGUUAUAAUGCAUAGUGGAAGAGUUUCAUCUGUGAUAAUGCACAGUAAUGCUGUCAAUGCAAUAGGAAGAAGUGAUAAGGGAACUUCAGAUAUUACAAUCAGUCAAGUAGCCAGCAAUGAUCUUAUACAUGAAUCAGACAAUGGCAAUAGUAGAACAAGAAGCAAUAAAGAAAAGAAAAAGGUGCCUCUAUAUGACAGAGAAGCAACUUCAAAGGAGGUAAAAUAUACAACGAAUACAGGGAUAGCUUCUAACACACCUGCACAUAUCUUUGAAACUUCAAGUAAGACUGAAACUUAUAUCGCAAAACCUGCACUGCCAGGAACAUCUGCUGACAGCAAUGUUGCUCCACUUUGUCAAAUAACAGUUAAAAUUGGAAAUGAAGCUAUUGUGAAAAGACAUAUUUUGGGGUCCAAAUUGUUUUACAAAAAAGGCAGAAGAUCUAAAUAUGAAUCCAAAGGCGAUCAGACAGUUCAGGUUGCAGAACGGGAAAAGAGAGAGAGAAGCCUGUCUCGAGUUUGUCCAUCAGACUACAUUGAAAGUGAAAUGGGCGAUGAUGUCAGUGACCAUGACUCUAAUGAUAAACCUUGGCGACCAUAUUACAAUUACAAACCAAAAAAGAAAUCUAAACAAUUAAGAAAAAUGAGAAAAGCAAAAUGGAGAGAGAAAUAUAGGAGCAGAAAAUCCUGUCAGGAAAGCGAGAAGGCCUAUGUCACCACUUAUGCUCUUAGGAAUAUUCCUGAAGAGAAGGUCUGUAAUCAAGAAGAGAAAAUGCCAGAACUUAACUGUAAGCUCUGUGAAAGGGAGAACGCUUCUACAGAAAUAUCCCAUGAUCACUCACACCGGGAGACCACAGAGCCUGAAUCUUUCACUUGUGAUUUAUGCCAAAAGCAUUUCCAGAGCUCUUCUACCCUAAGGAUGCAUAAGCGGUGUCAUACGGAGGAGAAGCCCUACCUUUGCAAAACCUGCGGGAAAGGUUUUUCAAUCUCCAGCAAUUUACAGAAGCAUGAACGCACCCAUUCUGCUGUCAAGGAUUUCAUCUGUCAACACUGUAACAAAGCAUUCACCCUCAACGAAACACUCAAAAUACACGAGAGAAUCCAUACAGGAGAAAAGCGCUACCACUGUCAAUUUUGUUUUCAGAGCUUCUUAUAUCUUUCCACCAAAAGGAAUCAUGAGCAAAGGCAUAAGCGUGAGCACACUGGGAAAGGCUACGCAUGUUUUCAGUGCCCCAAGGUUUGUAAGACGGCAGCUGCUCUUGGGAUGCACCAGAAGAAGCAUUUGUUUAAACCACCCAAGCAAGAGGACAGAAAAGAUUGUUUGUUUAAUGAAAGCUUGAAAUCAUGUAAAAGUCAACAUUUCUUUGUUUCAGAGAAACAGGAAACAGCUAAACCUCUGCUAACUAAACGCAUAACUGACGCAGAGGGUAACAAAGCCAGUAAUAUUCAGAAUACUGCAUUGGAUUCUGGACUCUGAGUAAGAAAAGGGUGUGGCAACAAAGAAAAGAGAGAUGAAAGGCCAUAGAUGCAAGUAAUUAAUGCAAAAAAUAAAUAAAUCCAAAUUUAUGGAAGUUCUUAAAAUUUGAGAUAUAUAUUUUUCACAUAUAUUGCAUACUUUACAUUUUAAAUGUGCCAUAAAAAGCAAAAUUUGGAAACUAUAGUGAAGCUAAUGAAGCCUAAAAAAGUAUAAGGAGAUAUUAAUAUCACUCAGAAGAAAGUUUAUGUAAAAAAGAAUAUGCUUAACUGAAAUGUUUAAAAGGAUAUUGUAAAGAAUUUACUGUUGAACUGGAAAUAUAGCUUGUUAACGAUAUCUAUCAUUUUGGGCAACUAAAAAAUGAGUGAUAUCCAUUCAGAACAUAGUAAGGUUAAAGUGUUUUCUGCUAGUAGAAAUUACAUUCUUUCUCCUAACUAUAAUUUGUUUGAAGGUCAACACUGUUUUAAAAUUUUAAUUUUUAAUGUGUACGCAAUAAGCAUCUGGUUAAGAUUUGUUAUUUGAGUAGUCCACUCACCCAUUCUGAAGUCUGAAUAUGCUGUUACAGAACAAUUUUGUAAGAGGUUAUGAUUGGUUCAUCACAGUCAGAUGUAUUAUUAUAAUAAAUAUUUAUAUUCUUAACAUGUACCACAAUGUGUCAUGAGCUCAUUAUAUAUUAGUGCUAUCAGAUUUGCAGACUGAUGUGCAAGUGAAGUUUAAAUGAUAGCAUUAGAUACAAUUCCUUCAUGAGCAUAGUUAGUUACACACAUGGAAUAAGAUCUCUAUCUUGUUGAACAGACUUUUCUAUUAGUCUGUGGCUCUACAAGCAUCAGAGCAUUCAGACCAUAUAUGUCUACUCUAUACAGUAAUUUCUCCUCAUUUGUCCUGGCAUGACUUGUCCUCUGAGAAGAAAUAAUUUGCAAGAAUCCAGUACAGGAACAGGUAGCUGGAUACAAUAUGAAAUUUCUCCAUGGAAUCUUCCUAAAAUUUACACCCGUUUCAGAUUUUCCCCUAAAUAUACAUUCAAGGCCCAAAACAGUGGGGGGAGAGGCACCACUUAUCCUAUUUUAAGUAUACUCAUCAGUGAGAAGAUAGUUUUGGUACCUUGAUUUAACCCAAGGCCAAUACUAUCAUAUUUGGAUUUACUGAAUUGUAUUCCAAGUUGACUUUCAUAGUGUUUUACAGACACAGUCAUCCAGCUAGUUUGUGUAAUGUACCAUAGAAUUUAGACACUCCAAUCCUAACCUCAAGGAUGUAUAGAACUGUCUACCUGAAUAAUUUAAUGUGGGUUUUCAAUAUUACUUCAUAUUUUCUUUCUGCAUACUUAAUGGGCAGAGUCUGCACUGGGCACCCUCUCUCUCUCCUAAUAUAUUCAAUAAUAAUAAUGUGACCAAUCAUAGUAUACUGAUUAUUUUACUGUUAAAAAUUAGGACUGUUGUAAAAAUGCAUCACUACCUAGUGAUCAAAUAUACUUGAAAGGGUUUUAGUUAUUGUUUGUUUUCCUUCUCUCUCUCUCUUUUUCUUUCUUUCUUUUUUUUUGAGCGGGAUGGGGUUUUUUUUUUAUUUGAAAUUAACAUUCUUCAAAUAAAAAUAUAUCCAGGCUUUAUCGAUCAACUAUGUUCAUGUUGAUCAAGCUAAACAAUCAACAUAUAUUAAAAGAAGAAACAUAAUCAAACUGAUAUGGGCAAAAAAGCAAAGUUUUAAAGAAAACUAUUCUGAAUGAGUUACUUUAUUAGGCAUGUUGGUGACUAAAAGAAAGAGAACAUGGAAUCAAUGAAAAUUAAGAGUGAAACCCCAAUUUAAUGUACCAACCAGAGGGCAUGGAUGCCCAAUACUGUGUCCAUUAAAUCACAAAUUAAUUAUUCACAGCAACUUAUACAAUUUGCAUAUUAUAUAUUAUGCAAAUGACAUAAAUUACAUAAUAUAAUUUUGCAUAAAAUACAAGACAAAUUAUAUAAAUUGUCACAACUGAUGAAAAACUGAUAUAACUUUUUUUCAUUCAGACUAUUUUGAAUACAGUUGACUGGUCCGUUAUUUUGGAGAAUGUUUGGACUAAAAUGUGGUCUACAGCAUCUAAAAUCCUCUAAAUAGUGGUCCUUUAAUUAAGUUUUCUCUGUAAAACAUAUUCAAAUUUUUAAGAGUUUGAGAAUGUAGAAAACUGCACACAUUUUAUUAUAGAAAAAGUAUCUAAAUGAAGAGUAUUCUAUUUGGUACAUCUAAUUUUGGCCUUUUAUGCUCACAUUUCCACGUUAUAUAACAGAAAUUGUGAUGAUAACAUAUUUAUUCUUAAUUUGUCUGAUGUCAUUUUGCACGUAACUAAAUAGAACGUAUCCCUCACAAUAUAAGCACUGAAAAAGAUCUAACUAUAUACAUAAAACAUUUUUGAUGUGAAAAUCUAUCACUUACAAAAUUAUAAUUACUAUAAGCUGUUUAAAAUAAGUACUUUAUGAGACUUUGUAAAACAAUAUUAUCUCAAUAAUUCUAGACCAAAGCCAACGUUGGUUAAGAUUUGUAUGUAGUGAUAAUUGUACAAAUAUUUUCUAUAACUGUUUAACUCAUAUGGAAAAUAAUAGCUUCUGUUACAUUUGAGGGCUUUGUAUAUUUUGAUAAAAACAUGCUAACUUUGUAAUUUGCUUGUUCACUACAGUUUAUAGAAACCAAUUUUAAUAUGACAAUAUUAUGUUUAUAAUUCAUUAUUGGAAUUUUAUUAAUCAGCCUAAUGGACAAGUAUUACAACAAACAUAGAAUUAAAGCAAAUAUAAUUGUUAAGGACAAUGUUAAUACAUAAUGGCAUAUGCAUUUUGUUUUAAUAGAACUAUUAAAAACUGGCAUUCACAACUA